AAGCCCGGAGAAGUGCGGACCCUUAAAGGGGAGUUCCAUGACCUGAUUGCUUCUCACACUGCCCAUCUCGACCUAUUUGUUCAAAACCAUGAUGGAUGUGCUGCAGCUAGAGAGGGGAAACCCUUGAUAUGGCUCGGCUAUUGGGAGUCUCGCACUUCAUACCUAGCUUGGUGGGAUAGUGAAAAGGUCUCAAACUUCUGGGACAACCUGCCCGUUGAUGCUGGUAUGUGGAGAGAGAUUAUGUCUCCAGAUUCAUCCAGAACACAGUAUAUAACAAACAAGAGCGAGCCUGUUGGACUAAGCCACCUUGGAACUGAAAUUUCAGUUGGGGAUAAGAUUGGAUACUGGGGCUGCUAUCGGCAUAGAAUGGCUGCUCAUUCAAAUGAUAAUUUCGACUCGCCGAUCGAACGGGACCUCGAAGCCUUUAAACCCAUACCAGACUCUCUCGGCGGGGAUCGACCUGGGCGCAUCUUGAUGACCAAAUUUCCGGACAAUAUCUGUUUUGUGGUUGAGGUCCUGACUGGGAUUUUGGGUUCCCGGAUGUGCUAUGCACCGGAAACUGGUGUCUAUAGAGAUUCUACGCCUAAAGCUCUCAACUACAACGAAAAGGCUCAACUCUUUUACUUCAAAGACCUGCAGCAUAUGGAGAAAAUCGGGCGCACCAAUAAGGGACAUGCGGCAUUGCGCAGUCAUUUCAUGCGGGCAUAUAGCCCCAAUAGUGCCAUGGAGUCGGGCAAGCUCGUACUUUGGGUGGAAACAACUGUUUUAUCAAACGGAGAGAUUGAAUGCGAAUACGUGGGUUGUGAGAAGGGGACGGGCUGGAUGGCACUGGCAGGUCACCAAGAAUCCUGGUGA